ACGAGCAUCUCUUCCAUGACCAAUUGAUCAUUAACUUGGUCAUUAUCAUUCUGAUAACCAUCUUACCUUUCCGAACUAAGCAUGCUGGCCUUGUGAGGGGAAGCCCGAGAAUCCCCAUGCCCUUGCAUCCUUAGACUUGUUCAUAUAUGAACCGUCCCCUCAGCACCUAAAGCCAGUUAUAUGAAUUUGCAGAAAAUGGACAAUUGGGUGCACAACUUGUCCAUCGAUCUCGUUGCUCUCCCGCUUGGCUGAAUUGAUUUUUGUGAUUGUGCAUUUUCAUCCAUUUUAUUUCCGGAUGCCGAUGGACUUGGAAAACAACGGGCCGAUCAAACCGAUCCAGUCGGUCGACCAGAGCGUUCAAGAUGCUCACGAUCUUGCGGCCAUGGGCCAUGACCAGGCCAUGACUCGAAAAUUUGACAUUUGGAGCAUGUUGUCUCUCGCGUUCUGUGUCUUAGGCACCUACUCUACUUUCGCACAGGAUUUGGAUAGCGGACUCACCAAUGGCGGCUCCAUAACCAUACUUUGGGGUCUCGUGCUGGUCACGGCCUGCAACCUGUGUGUCGCAGUUUCGCUUGGAGAGCUCACCAGUAGUAUGCCGACCGCUCUGGGCCAGGCGUAUUGGGUGUUUCGACUUUGGGACACCCCGCUGGGUCGAUUCACCUCGUACAUGUGCGCAUGGAUCAACAUGUUCGGCUGGUGGACCUUGACCGCGUCCCAGGUUGCUUUCAUGGCCGAGUUCCUCCUGGGCAUGAAAGUCAUGUUCGAUAACUCGUGGGGCGGGGCCAACACUGGGUGGCUAAAUUUCGUCGUCUACAUUUGCACAGUUCUGGUGUUAACUGUCAUCAACCUAGUCGGCUGUAGGAAGGAAAAGGUCCUCCCAUGGCUCAACAACUUUGUCGGCAUAUGGUUUACCGGCCUAUUCGUCGUCUUGUCACUUGCGCUGCUCAUCUCCGUCGGCGUGAAGAAAGAUCUCUCCUUCCAACCAGCGUCUUUCGUCUUUGGAGCUUGGAUGAACGAAACCGGUUGGGGAAACGGGGUCGUUUGGUUCACGGGCCUAGUGCAGGCCGCUUAUGGUCUUACGGCUUUUGAUGCCGUUAUUCAUAUGGUCGAGGAGAUUCCCGCCCCGCGUCGCAAUGCCCCGAAAGUCAUGUGGCUUUCCGUACUCAUGGGGGCCAUCACUGGUUUUAUCUUCAUGAUGGUCUGCUUGUUUUGCAUCCAGGACGUCAACGAGGUCAUCAACUCUCCAACCGGCCUGCCGUUCAUGGAGUUGAUGGUGGAGACAGUAGGCCUGGAAGGUGGGGCCACUCUCAUCGCUUUAUUCAUCUUUAAUGGCCUGGGCCAGGGAAUCAGUAUUCUAACGACCGCUUCCCGACUAACUUGGGGCUUUGCACGAGAUGGUGGCUUACCUUGGAGCGGAUACUUCAUGCUGGUCGAUCCGGUAUGGAAGGUUCCGGCACGAGCACUCUGGUUCCAGGGCUUUUGGAUUGCAUUGGUCGGAAUUCUUUAUCUUUUCGCUAACACGGUGCUCGAUGCGAUCCUGAGUGUUAGUACGAUCGCGUUGACCAUCUCAUAUGGUCUUCCCAUUGCUGCCCUUCUGGUAGUUGGGCGCGAUAAGCUUCCACCCGGCCAGUUCCAUCUGGGACGGUGGGGGACGCUGAUCAAUUGGGUCAGCAUUAUCUACUGCAUUAUCACGACAGUAUUCUUCCUGUUCCCCGGGUCCCCGAACCCGUCACCUAGCGAUAUGAAUUAUGCGAUCGCCGUGUUUGGAGUGAUGCUGGUGGUCGCCGUUGGAUUCUGGUUCGUACAAGGAAACCGCACGUAUUUGAAGACUGAGGAUGCCAUCGACCAGAUGAUUCAGGCACAGAGGCUUGAAGUCAACACGGCGACACAGGCGCAAGAUAAGAAGGAAUAG